AUGGAGUAUUGUGAGCAGCUGCCCAACACCGUCAAUGUUCUCUUCUUCCUCCGAGUAGAGCUCGAGGUCGGUUUUCGUGACUUGAACUGGACAAGUCAGCCCGCUGUCCGAGGAGACCUCUUCCCAAUAAGCAGCAAGCACAAUAAGCGACUGUCGAAGGAAGAAAAGGUUUCGCCUUUCCCAUACACCGGUUACCAGACAAACCGUCUUCUGUUGAAGGACAGCCCAGUGACGCGAUGCUCUAUAUAUGCAUUGUCUCGCUCUCUAAGUUCUUCUGGAUCUCAUUCUGCUCUUCUUCAUUGA